AUGUCCGACGACCGAAGUGAGAAUGUCUACAUGGCCAAGCUCGCCGAGCAGGUGAGUCGUUACAGCACGGCAGCAGCAGCAGCAGCAGCAACAGCAAUAGCACGAGCGGGAGGGAUGGGAGGGUGCGUGCGUGCGUGGCACGCGCGUUGGCCCGUGUUCGGUCGGUGCACCACCACCAAGCAGCAUCAUCCCCCCGUAUCGCUGCUGCGGCCCGCCGCUCUUGUCGCUUUGACGACGCGCGACCCAAGCAUCAACGCGCUGAUCCCUGAUUUGUCAUGACCAUUGCUAACAGGCCGAACGGUACGACGAGGUAUGUCUACGUUUUGACGCGUCAUCCGUGUCGUGACUCGGCAGAGGGGCCAGAGGGGGCUGCUCGCUCGCUCCGCCUACGCCGAUUUGGGGCACCCACACCCGUCAGCCACGCCACGCCAGCGUUGGCGGGCCUGCGGGUCCGGGCGACGACUGGCUGCUACGGGGUUGUGGAUUGGGCCGCGGUCUACAGCUCACUGACCAUCUGGCGCGAUCGACCGGCUGUUCACACUCGUAGAUGGUCCAGCAAAUGAAGAGCAUUGCUUCGGUGAGUCGCGCAGUGAAUUUCAAAUUUCAGACUGGAGUCGAAGGGGGCCUAAGCGUCGCGCGCGACGUGAAAGACGCGUUCGAGACGACGUGGCGCUCCAAGGGAACGCCCUUUGCCAGGAUCGUAUACUGACAGGAAGUUCCCACGCCUUCUUCCGUCUUUUCAACAGCUUGACUCGGAACUCUCGAUCGAGGAGAGGAAUUUGCUUUCGGUCGCGUACAAGGUCGGUCCGGGGAACCCGUUGCCGAAAACGAGCUAAACGAGCCAAGCGACUCGAGAGCUGAUCGCGAGCAUCACCCUGUCCCUGUGUUGUAGAACGUGAUUGGUGCCCGACGCGCUUCGUGGAGGAUCGUUUCGUCCAUCGAGGGCAAGGAGGAGGUCAGUUCACCCGCCAACCGGCCACGCCGUCGCGUCACUGACCUCGCGUCCGCUGUGUCUCCUUUUCCCGCCGUUGCGUCGUCCACACCAGGCCAAAGGAAACACGACCCAGGUUGCCGCUAUCAAGGCUUACCGUGAAAAGAUCGAGGGCGAGCUCGCCAACAGUCAGUCGGCCAUACACCACAACAAACCCGGCGAUCUCGGAGCCUGAAGCUGACGAUCGAUGCUCCGAAUAUCUUCAUCAGUCUGCGAGGACAUUCUCAAGGUUCUUGAUGACCACCUCAUCAAGUCGGCCGAGUCCGGAGAGUCGAAGGUCUGUUGAUACACUCGUGCGGAUCCUCACCACGUUACAUGAGCACAGUGCUGACCCACGCGCCACCGCCCUUUCCCUUUCUCUCAACAGGUCUUCUACCACAAGAUGAAGGGUGACUACCACCGCUACCUCGCCGAGUUCGCCCAGGGCUCAACUCGCUCGUCUUCGUCCGAGGCGUCUCUUGAGGCUUGUACGUCGAGCAGAACUAGUCCCGCGUGCGAUACAGGUGGACGGGGCAAGAGGACGUGUUUGCUGACCUCAGACGAAUCUCUGUCGCUCCCCUUUGCGUUCGCGCCUCACAGACAAGACCGCAUCGUCGAUCGCCUCGACCGAGUUGCCGCCUACGCACCCUAUCCGCCUCGGCCUGGCCCUCAACUUCUCCGUCUUCUACUACGAGAUCCUCAACUCGCCCGACAAGGCGUGCGCGUUGGCCAAGCUUGCCUUCGACGACGCCAUCGCCGAGCUCGACACCUUGUCCGAGGAGUCGUACAAGGACUCGACGCUCAUCAUGCAAUUGCUCCGCGACAACCUGACGCUGUGGACCUCGGACUUGCAGGACGCACCGGCUGAGAAGGAGGAGGCUGCACCGGCCGCAGCUGGGGAAGAGGCAGCCCCUACGGGCGAGGAGGCGGCUUAA